UCACUAUGGAGACGCGGUCAGCUGGCGUCUUAAAGAGUUCCUUAGCAAGAAAAUGUUUAUACAAUAUUCUCUGUUUUUUGUGUUUUGUUACAGAGAAUCUGGUUUGAGCUGAUACCUACAUAUUGGUGAAAUAAUGAUGGUAUAAAACCCUGGCUACAGCCGGUGUAUGGAGGAGUUCGGUCGCAUAGAUACGCAGCAGUUUGGCGCUGCUAAUGCGCGCGAGUUUUCAAAGUGGGCGAGUCUGGUAAAGAGAGGAGGCUAUUAGCCACCGGAGCUAGCUCUGUAUUCACUGCUAACUAAUAGAUUAAACGCACGUACAGCGGCGGUAAGCUUUCUAAUGACCGACGAAUCUGCCUUUCUGACGAAAUGUAUUUGACAUAGAUUUUUAAAGUGUUGUUAGACACUUUUAACAUGGCCGGGGUUGACAUCAGCUAGCUAGUUUUUUUAAUGUCAACACCAAAGUGGCUAGCAGCUGAAGCUAACACGCGUCCGAGUUACUCAAAUAAAUAAAUAAGCAGCUCGCCAAAGGAAACGUCUGCAGUGUUUCUGGCCACGGCAUCCUCUACCCGAGCCGGCAGGACAUCAUGUCUAUUGAUUUUGACAGUGCUGCUCUUCAAACUCAGCAUGAUGAAGAAGAAUACGACCAGGAAGACUACGCGAGAGAGCAAGAGCUGCACAAACUGCUCACAGACCUGCCCGAUGACAUGCUGGAGGACAGCAGAGACGCCUCCUCCCCAGAGCUGGAGUGCUCUACCUGUAGCAAUAAAAACACUGGCAACAGUCCACAGCAGUCCAAGUGGACUCAGCAAUGGUCUGAUCGUCCCAGACCGGCCUCUGAUGCACAGAACUAUGAAGCCGACUGUGAUCAAGACUACCACGAUGACUAUGGAGCAGUCCAUGUAAAUGGACAUCAGAGUCACCCUCAAAGUCAACCACUGCCUCACACCUGGAACCAGGAUCAUCACUUUACACAAGGAGAUUACACAUGCACAAGCAUGGGCACAGAGAAAUCUACAGAAACCAGUGAUUUUUCCACUGAGUUUGAGUCUAAAACGUACCCUCAAAGUGCCAAUACCCAUGUGGAAUAUAAUGGAGUGGGAGGAUACAAGCAAACACAUGGGGGCCCCAGGAACCACUUUCAGUCUGAAGCAGGCGACGGAGGAAUAAAUCAGUAUAAGGCCAACUACAAUCCUCACCAUCCCACCCAUCCACCAAAGAUGUUUAACUCACAGGCUCCUCAACAAGAAAGUCAAUUCGACCAUCUGCAAAGAGAAUUCCUCGACUCGGCACAACAAAAUGCUGACAAGGAGCAGCUUGCCCAGCUUCAGAUUUUGAACAAAGCUAAACAGAGACAAAUUGAAGACUUGGAGCGAAAACUCGAGGACUCGCGCCGAAAUAUGAGAUACCUGGAGCAUCAGUUUGCUAUCGUCAAAGAUGAAAAGGACGGCCUAGCAGUGAGUCUAAAGGAAUCAAGUCGACUGAUUGAAGAGGCCAAAGACAGAGAAGUUCAAAUGCAAAAGAAGCUGAAGGGCAUGGAGCAACAAGUCCACAUCCUCAGUGAGAGAGACCAAGAGAACAAGAAGAAGCAGAUGGUGGCAGACGCUGCAGUGGACAGCAUGAAGCAACAGAUGUUAGAGCUGUGUCGCUCUGACACUCUGUCCAGAGCGCGGGAGCAGCAUGACCGGGACCUCGCCAUCAUAAAAGAGCAGCACGAGGCCGCACUGUUGGCCCUGGAGCAGAAGCUAGACUCUACCUCUCAGGCUUUGGAUGAACAGAUUGAGGUUGGCCAGAGGUUACGAGAGCAUGUGAAGCUGUUGGAGCGUCAGAGAGAAGAGGAGCAACUGGAGAGAGCCAGAGUCGUCAAUGCCCUCACUCAGCGUCUGGAGGAGAGUCAGCAGCAGUGCGCCAAGCUGCUGCAGACAAAUUCAGUGCAAGAGAUGAGUCAAAUGCAAAUCAAGCUGCAACAGGCUCAGUCUGCCAAGGCGCUGAGUGAAAACAUGAACAAAGUUUUGCAGGAGGACAUGGCUGAUCUGAAGGAGCAGAUCACUCUCUAUGAAUCUGCUGUGAAACAUGGAGUUAUUUCAUUAGACCUAAGCAGUGACUGGCAGAACCAGCUGUCUGAAUCCUGUUUGGAUCUAGGAUUAAAGAACAACAGGAAGAACGGCACCCUGCACAGCACUGCUCUGGCUCACCUGUCCGACUCUAAGCUCCCGAAGGACGAGGCUUUAAAGCUGCUGCGAGUGGAGAUGCAGCGCUGCUUGGCCAGUUUGAAGGGCAAGAGACAAAAGAUCAGUCAGCUGCAGGAGGAGCUCCAGCGCUGUCAGGGUCAAGUGAACGAGCUCCAGGCGGAACUGGACGAAGCCAAUCUCAACGCUUCGGUCAAAGAGACCAGCCAGAUGAAACACCCAGACAUGACUGGAGACUCUCAGAAAGAAUUGCUCAGACUACAGGAAGACAAGCAACACUUGCAGGAACAAGUGGAGUUGUUAGAGAAGAAGAUUAAUGAGCUGAAACAGUGUGAGGAGAAGUUGAAGGCUGCCAAUUCUGAGCUGUGCACCAAGAUGAGGGAGAUGAUCCAGGAGCUGGACCAAGAAAAGCAGGAAGCUGCAGAGAGAUCUGAGCGGAUUCAUCAGCAGUACAGGAACGACGUGGUCAACCGGGUCAGAACGGAGCUCAUGCUGGAACACGAUGCUCAGGUUGAAGCGCUGACUGCACAGCACCAGCAGCAGCUUCAGCACUUACAGACCCAGCUGUCUGAAGCCAACGAUAAGAUGUUGGCCGUGCAGGAGUGUUACAUAUCUGUGUGCAAGGAGAAAGACUUGCUUGAGGAAAGCAUACGUAACAGGGAGAAGGAGGAGGCCUCGGUCAGAGAGGAGAGCGGCGCCGCCGCGGAGAAGCUGAGGACAGAACUCGAAGCUCAGCAUCAGGCCUCAGUCGCACAGCUCAAAGCUGUUUGGUUCAAAGAAAAGGAGACUGAGAUUCAGCAGCAAGUGGAAUUUCAAGUGGCCUCAGCCAAGGCUGCAUGGAAGGAGGAACUGCAGAAGAUGGAGGCUACCUGGGCCCAGAGGCUGGAGGAAGCCAAGAGAGAGAAACGCAGAGAGACUGCCUGUCAGACCUGUCAGACAGAUGAGGCCGAGACCAGCAGUUUGACAAUUACUGCCGAGGAGCUGGACUCCAGGCUCAGUGCCCAGAGGCAGCAGCUGCAGCUGGAAGCUGAUAAAGUCCGACGCAAAGCGGUGGAGGACGCCAGGAAACAAGCCCAGAGAGAGUCACAGGAGAAACACUUGGAGGACAUGGCCAAGCAGGUUGAAGGUGCAGUAACCAGAGCCUAUAAUCGUUGGAUUGAGGAUCUGACUUCAUUACCGGAAUAUCAAGCCUCUCUCCAAACUGAGAGGGAGACAUGGGAAGAACUACAUGAAAGACACACAGAACAAGAGGUGUCUCGGGCGCUGAGGGAGGCAGAGGAGCAAUGGCACAAGAAGUACAAGAACCAGCUGGAGGAGCGCAGCUCUGGAGACCAGAGGGUGGAGGAGCUUCAAGAGCAGCUGGAAGCUCUCCAGAGUCAGCUGGAGCAAAUGAACAGGGAGCAAGCCGCCCUGUUGAAAGCUGAGCUCGCCGGAGCUAGAGCGGCCUGGAACAGAGACAAGCAGCAGGAGAUCUCCAUCAUUCAGGCCCGUAGCGAGCAAAUGUACCAGACCAAGCUGCAAGAACAGUGCAGAAGCCUCCAGCAGGCCGUGCAGCAAACCAGAGAGGACGCUGAGCUCCAGAAGAAGGAGCUGCUCCUGAAGAUGGAGGCCAGGAUGCAGCAGACCGUGAGGGCUCGGGAGGAGGAGUGGAAACGUCUGUACGCGGAGAAGGAGCUGAACCAGAGGCAGCAGAUCGGAGAGGAAUUGCUAGCGGAGCUUCGGAGCGGACUGACAGAGGUCCAGGAGCAACUUCUCAGGGAUCCCAUAACAGAUCAGCAAGAUAGCAGAAGGAGCAGCGGUGCAACAACGGAGACGACCGUAACACACAUCAUCCAGAAUUCAUGCCGAGAUAUGGUCAACAUGGCAGUAUCCCAGGCUAAGAAGGAGUGGAAGAAAUUAAGCGAGGAGAGGCUGAGUCGCGUGUUGAAAGAAACACAAGAACAACAUGAGAGAGAAAUCAACAACAUGCAAAGCUCGUUGUCCCAGAGGAGGGAGCUAUCGCGUUGCAGGAAGGAAUGCUCUGAGACUGUGAGUAAGCUGCAGAAGAAGAACCAGGAGCUCCAGAGACAUUUGGAGAAAGCCUGCCGUCAACUGCAGCACAGCAUCCGAGAGCACAAAGCUGCCGUGCAGCAUCUCAAAGAUGAACAUGAAAGCAGCUUACAAAAGGCAAAGGAGGAACAUCUGCAGCAGUUGGAGGAAGUGAAAAGAGACAGCGAGUCCUCCAGAAGCUCUGAUCAACAACAAACUCUUCAGCAGGGCCUGGAGGAGAUGAAGCAGCAGUACCUGACGACUGUCGAGAAGAUCAGAGGAGACAUGUUACGUUACCUCCAGGAAAGUCGAGAGCGAGCAGCAGAGAUGAUCCGCACGGAGGUGCAGAGGGAGAGGCAGGACACUGCCAGAAAGAUGCGGCGCUAUUACUUGACCUGUCUGCAGGAGUUACUGCAAGACGGGGGGAAGACUACAGGGCAAGCAGCCAUAAUUAUCCUAAACUUGUUUACUUGCUUCAUCAUGGGUCCUCGGGCUAAUUGUAUUGAUCUUCCUGUCUUCUGCAGUGCUGAAAAGAAAAUAAUUAAUGCCGCAAGCAAGUUGGCGGCCAUGGCUAAAGUGCUGGAGACACCUUUCAAAAGUAAAUCUGAAAAGAGCUGCAGUUUACCAACAGGCAGUUCAACGGCGGCAUCCGCCACUGGCUGUCCUCCAGGUGGAAACGCGGGUUUGAGUAGGAACCUGUCGACGCUAACCGAGCUUCCUGACAUCAGGCCGGAGGAGAGAUCCCGCAGGGAAAAAACUGGCGCUGAUUCAAGACCAGCCACUGCAGUAAGGUCCAAACUCUUCAGCCUCCGAGAUGUUCCUGCAUCUGGGACAGAGGGAGCCUCAGCGGAUGCAGGAAUGAAGCCCCAGUCCGCCAAACCCUCUCAUCAGACGACUUCUUCACCUCCUGUUGAUCUGAUCAACGUGCCUUCGAGGAGUAAAAGCAGAGAGCUGCACCUGCAGAGAGGUGAAUCCAGCAAAUCGGACAUCCGCCUGGAGUCACGGCGGCAGAGCAAACCGUUCCUGGUCCAGGAGGCUCCUGUUAGGGACGAGAAACACACGGACUGGAGCGUGGCUAGCAGCGACUCGGACGCCGGCUUCCAGUUCCCACCGCCGCCCUACUCAGAGAGGAAAGUAGAACCUGUGAAGCCCUUUUCUGUGUCGGCCGCAUCGGCCAGCGCCGUGGGAGAGUUAGGCAGCCUCACCCCAGACGUUUCCGACCUAACAGUUUACAAUGAGAUCGCUAAGAAGACGCCUCACUCCGAGACCUUUCACCACGUGAAGAGGAGCAUGCACAGAGAACCUACUCCCGGGUCUGAAUGUGAGACUCGGCAGGGGGUUUAUUCCAGGCCUCUGUUCUCUGAGCUGAGGCAGCGCCAGCAGGACAGCGGCUUUGACAGUCCCUUCCUCCCACAGAAAUGACAAAGGAUGGACAGGUAUGAGGUGAAGGAGGGAGAUCAAAUAGUGCCUUUAUUACCCUUACAACGUUUACAUGAAGUUAAACCUUCAUAGCUGCUUGCAGUGCAUUUGUAUUGUUGUGUGAUUGUUAAAAGGAUAGUUGUAUGUUUUUGGAAAUGCACUUAAUUGCUUUCCUACUGUGACUAAAAUGAAUCAGAAACUCGUUCCCACUCUCAUGUAUUUAGCUGGAACUAUGCAGAGCAGCUAGUCUGACUCUGUUACAACAUCCACCUCCAGUUCACUUAACAGUCACUUAUUAAUAGUUAUAUCCAAAGGUUUAAUCGGCAUGAAGCCAAAGGAAAUAAAACAGACAGAACUUGAUCAUUAUUGAGCUUUAUUACUGACCAGUUGCUCACUAUAGCUUCAUAUUAACUACAUAGAUAUGAGGGAACAGAUGAUCUUCUCAACUAAUCCUGGAGAUGGAAGCAACUAAGUAUAUUUCCUAAAAAAAAAACAUAAACUACUGCUUUAACACAUAGUUUGUCCAUUGUAGAAGAUGCCGUUUACAUUUCCAACCAAUCGUAAUCAGAUGGAAGUGAGACGCUUCACAAAGUAAAUGAAGGUUCCCUGAUUUAUCAGAGCCCUUUGAGUAAACCUGCUUCUGCCUCAAGUGUCUUUAUUUUGAUCAAAAUGCUGUUGUUCACAGCCCAAUGUGAAGCCAAAGAGACGACCUCACAUGUUCGUUGUCCAUCAGUGUACUUAUUCAGAAGUCAUACAUCACAGAUUAGUGGCCGUUGAACAUUUGUUGAGGUCCAGAGUCGUAGCAGCUCAGCCUCAUAACCGCACUGACACCAGACAAUGGCAGGAUCAUUUAAAGCCUCUGUCCUGUUUGCUCUCGACAGACUCCGAAGACUUUUACACUCCAGUCUGUUUUUGUCUGUGUAUUUAAUGUUUUAUCACAUUUAUGUGGUGUGCUGUGCAUACCAUAUAUUGUUUGUUUUUUUAUAUGUAUAUAUGUGGUUUGAAGUUUUGAAAUAAAUCUUAAUGCAAAUUGA